CAUUAAGUCAGGGUAGAAGCGCUGGGAGCCGAGCGUGGCACCCCAGUCGCCGCUCUGGGAAUGCCAACUGGGGACACAAAGCUUCUUUAUUAUCCUCUGAGCCUGUGUCUAAGAGCAAGGCACUAUUCUAGAUCUCGGCGUGGUAGACUAAGAAAAGUCGCUUGCUAAGUUGAGCAGUUUGCCUUGAGUAUUUCUGUCUUGUCCCCUGCCUUGGAGCAAGGUUGAGGAGACAAAGUCAAUUUGUAGUACCAAUCGGGGCACCCUUGCAGACCUGGGGCUUGAUGGCCACCCGUUUCUGUUUACUGUCAGGGUCUUUGUAGUGUGGCCUUUGACGUUUGCCCAACUGUUGCUUUAUUUUCUUUGAAGAAACCCGCCUGGCAGCGCCUGGAAACGCAGUUGCUUUCUCUAGUGGUAGCCUGGCGAACAACUUCCUUCACACACGUGCAGAAAGCAUGUUUCUGAAGGGAUUCGCGCUUUCUUUUUGAACUCUAGAAGACGUCUGUCGUUUUCCUUUUUCUCGGUCGAGUUCUAUGUCUUACUGUUUAUCGUGAGUGAUCUAAUGCUGGAUGAAAACAACCAUCUUAUUCAGUGUAUAAUGGACUAUCAGAACAAAGGGAAGACAUCAGAGUGCUCUCAGUAUCAGCAGAUGUUGCAUACGAACCUGGUAUACCUCGCUACAAUAGCAGAUUCUAAUCAAAAUAUGCAGUCUCUGCUUCCAGCACCGCCCACACAGAAUAUGCCUAUGGGUCCUGGAGGGAUGAGUCAGAGCGGCCCUCCACCCCCUCCCCGCUCUCACAACAUGCCUUCAGAUGGAAUGGUGGGUGGGGGCCCUCCUGCCCCACACAUGCAGAACCAGAUGAACGGCCAGAUGCCUGGGCCUAACCAUAUGCCAAUGCAGGGACCUGGACCCAAUCAGCUCAACAUGACAAACAGUUCCAUGAAUAUGCCUUCAAGUAGCCAUGGCUCCAUGGGAGGUUACAACCAUUCCGUGCCAUCAUCCCAGAGCAUGCCUGUGCAGAACCAGAUGACAAUGAGUCAGGGGCAGCCGAUGGGAAACUACGGUCCCAGACCAAACAUGAAUAUGCAACCAAAUCAAGGUCCCAUGAUGCAUCAGCAGCCUCCUUCCCAGCAGUACAACAUGCCACCUGGAGGUGGGCAGCACUACCAAGGACAGCAGCCGCCCAUGGGCAUGAUGGGUCAAGUUAACCAAGGCAGCCACAUGAUGGGCCAGAGACAGAUGCCUCCAUAUAGACCACCACAGCAGGGCCCACCACAGCAGUUCUCAGGCCAGGAAGACUAUUAUGGGGACCAAUACAGUCAUGGUGGACAAGGUCCUCCAGAAGGCAUGAACCAGCAGUAUUACCCUGAUGGUCAUAAUGAUUACGGUUAUCAGCAACCGUCGUAUCCUGAACAAGGCUACGAUAGGCCUUAUGAGGAUUCCUCACAACAUUACUACGAAGGAGGGAACUCACAGUACGGCCAGCAGCAGGACGCUUACCAAGGACCGCCGCCUCAGCAAGGCUACCCACCCCAGCAGCAGCAGUACCCGGGGCAGCAGUACCCGGGGCAGCAGCAGGGCUACGGUCCUUCCCAGGGCGGUCCAGGUCCUCAGUAUCCUAAUUAUCCUCAGGGUCAAGGUCAGCAGUAUGGGGGCUACCGAGCAGCACAGCCGGGACCACCCCAGCCACCCCAGCAGAGGCCUUAUGGGUACGACCAGGGACAAUAUGGAAAUUACCAGCAGUGAAAAUGUCCUUACAUUCCAAUAGCCAGUAUCUAUUAGCAGCCAUAUUGUCACAACUUCUGCACUGUGGACACCUCCCUGUGAAGACUCCUUCCAUUCCGCCUGGUUUUGGGGAAAAUGUUUGGAUAAGUGGCUGCUUUAUCAGCAGACUUUGUGGGUUAGUUUCUAAAGGCUCAGUAGCUACCAAAUAUACCUGAUUUCACAGUUCUACUCUAGAUGGCAACAUUGGACAGAAAAUGCAUUGACAGGAAGUAAUUUGCAGCGAUUUCGGAACUGCGUUCCAAAUGGACUGUCACAGACUGAGAGGUGUCAACAGCUUUGUAUGUUUACGAAGGUUGAGGGGUUUCAUACUUUUCCACAGAUUAUUUUGUAAGGGGAAGGGGGAAAUGGACACUUUUUACAGCAGCAAUAUUUUGUAUAUUAUGUUUAUUUCAUGUGAUGAAUAUGCAAGGCGGCACACUACGCACUGGGCAGAAUCAAAACCCUGUCAGUGUGGAGUGUGGUAGAUGCUUGGUGAAGACACAGGUGAGGGAGGACAGAAGCACACCGCAUGUACUGUUAGUUCUUAGAGGAAAGUCACGUCUCUCUUAUCUACCAGUUCAGCAAGGGCACUGGGAUACAGUUUCUGAGUACAAAGACAUUUUUUUAAAAGCCUUCCAGUUUUGUGCAUUAAAGCCUUUUUGUAAAGAUGAUUUCUAAUACUGUUUUCAAAUGCAGGCAAUAAUUAUGUUGCAUCUGUGAAUGUGCAGGUUCGUGCAAAUGAAGUGUGAAGCCUCUCAAAACAGCAAUAACUGCAGAGGAAAAGGCACUGUUUUUACCUUGUUUGAGCAAUCAGGGAGCAUAGUGAGUACCGUCCACAUAUUCUAACCACACCAAAGAGGACUCAGUGCUGAUCUGAUCGUAUUAUUUUUUUAACGUUAGUAUAAUUGGUUCAUGGAACAGAGUAAGAGAAGUCCAGGAGACUUUACACACUUUUAUUUUAACUUUCUUAAUUGGAUAUAAGUAAAGGGGCUCCUUCAUGUUCCUCUCUUCAUCUUAGUUACUAUAACAGGAAAAUGCUUUUGAUGGGCGUUUCUCAUCUGAAUGGAAAGCCUUGAGGCUGUAUUUUAUGGUUCCUUGUUUUUAAGCAUGACGUACAUAAUCAUUAUUUGAGAUUGGUUAUUUUAGCUAAAUUUGAGAUAUUGCACUGGUCAGGAAAGCACACACUGAGAGAUUUCUAAACACAUCUAUUUAAGCAUACUUUGAAAACAUCUAGCCCAAAGGUAAGUUGCUGUGUCCUCACAGUUGUCUGUGUCCAGGGAAUAUGACAUACUCUUUGUAAUUGACUUAGUUUUGUCACUUCUAGCUGGAAACAGAACAGAAAGGUGCUGUAAAUUCAAGAAACAAAGCACACUGUUCUCAGCAUACUGUAAUCAAAGGAGGGGUUCGCGUGUCUGUGUAAGCGAGAGUGUGUGUUUUAAGGUCAGAAUAACUUGGUCCACAGAAAAUAGGCAUCAAGUCUGAACAGAUGAGGCAUGGGAAGCCUUACUGUGAUUGAAAUGCUUAUAGGUUCUGUGCCAGGUUCUCCCUACCACUGUGUACUUUGUUGCUAUUUAAAACUGUAUCAACUGUAACGAAAGAAUAAAUUAUUUGUGAUUUUAA